CAGGAGCAAGAGGAGGGGGAGAUGGGAGGAGCGACGGUUUGAGGUCCAGGUGGUCGAGCCAGCGUAAAAACGCACCAAACACACGCCAAACGCUGACGAAAUAGUGAACGUCAUUAAAAAAAAAAAAAAAAAAAAGCUCUCUCCUACCAGCUCCUGGCACCUCUCUGAAUGAAUAAGCUGUUUUUCAGAGAAAGCCUCCUGGAUUUGCUGGUGCAGAAAUAACCAAAAGAGCGGAACGGUGGUGCGUCGCUGCGAUCUCUCCAGAAAACAGCUCAGAGUAAAGUUUAGAUUUUUUUUUGUAGUUUUUAGUAUUUUGGCCAAAUAAGGCAACUUUUUUUUCCCCAAAAAGGUCAAGACGGCUUAUUUCAGUGACAAGUGGAAAUAUGUUCAAGAAAAGCAAAAGUAAAGUGCUGGUGGAUUAUGCGUCAGAGGAAGACGACAUGUCCUGGCACUAUCAUCACUCUUACAAGGACAAAGACAUAGAAGGAGAGGAAGAGGAGGAGGAAGCUGUCACCGCAGUAUCCAAGGAUGCCAUGGUAAAGAAGAUCAUGUCCAAGAAAGAGAGGAAGGAGAAGAAAAUGUUCUCUUCUAAAGAUGAUGAGCACUUCUUGUUGACCGGGGUAAAUCUGGCUGAUCGCAGAGGAUCUCACAAGAAAAUCAAGGAUGAUGAGAAGGAGAAGGAAAAGAAAGACAAGCCAGAGAAGGGUCACUGCUUUUGGGAGAGCGUUACCAUGACGAUGAGGCAGAUCUCACCCACCAAAAAACUGGAGAAGAUGGAGGGCUGGGAGCCGCCUCGCCUGGAGAACUUAUCUGAGACUGAGACCGACGAAGCCCCAGAGAAAAACAGCCAAAAAGGGGACUCGCCGGUGUCUUUCCCCGACGCUCUAGGUCUCCCGUUGGAAUUGGCCUCCUGGGGAGGCCGGGGUCUUGAGGAGGACUCCUCCCGCUAUGCUAACCUGUCGGACUCCAAGGAUUCAACGGCCGCUGUCAGGUGGACGGCCCGCGCCAAAGUCAAGCUGGCUGGCAUCAGCAGAAUGAGCAGAGGGAUUGUGUCAGAGAGCGCUUGGGAGGGGUUUAAAUAGUCGCAAUUUUACCUUUGAUACACCUCCUUCCUCAACCAAUAGAGAGGAUGAAGACCUGAACCAAAUAUGUAGUCUCUAGUUCUGGACAAAUCCGGUGUUCAUUUUUAACUGGUAUUGAGAUGCUGUAGUCAAGCCGUGAAAAUAACACAUUAGGUUUGUCCUUUUUAUUUUAGAAGACAGUCAGUUUUAUCAGCGGGCUUCUUGAGCCUCUUUUGAACCACUGACAUAAACAAAUGAAAGCCUUAAACUGCUGUAUCAUUUCAACUGUGAUGUCACUGGCCUGGCAUUUAGAUAUUUUUAUUUUGCCAAGUAAUGAGAAGAGUGAUUUUCAUGUAAUUAUUGUGGCUGUCAGUAAUCAAUGAAGAAUAUGAAAGCCUGCUACUGAAGACUUCAUGUUGGUUUCCACUUCCUUUCUGUCUAUGCAGUCACAGCCUCUGAAGAAUGUGAGUCCGAAGUCUUAACUUAUAUUAUCAGUGACAGGCUUAAAAUCUGUGCAAUUCUGUGUGUGUGAGAGAGAGAAAGUGAGUUUGCGGAUGGACAUGCACGCAUUUUUGUUUUAGUUGGCAGAUGGCAUCGCAAAGGAGAUUAGAAGUGAGGAUGUGUGGGGAGUAUGUGGGGGCGAUAAAUGCUGUGAAAAAAAAAAUUAUCAAAGCAACCCCCACAGUGUCAUAGACUGUUUAAAUCUGAUGCUGAUUUAAUAUUUAUAAAGUCUGCACCGAUGAAAAGAUAAAAGCCAAACUGUCUCGUAGGUUGUAAAGUGCCUUGUAUCAAAUAAAUCGACAUGAUGCUGUAAAUUUGUACUAGAUUAAAUCGUCCUCUGAGCACAAACCUGCUGUGCUCAUCCAAACGUCUGUGCAGGUGCAGGUGGGUCGACCCGGCAUGCGCCUGUGCUGCACCAGCUAAUGAGACACUUCCUAGUUACAAACAAAGCUGGUCAGUUGUUUAAAUACAUAUAUGUGUAUAUCUCUGAAACAAUGUAAAGUCCUUUCUACAGUGAUUUUUCUUUUAGGUGAAUGAGAAAUUUCAUGCCACUGGCCUUUGCUUCUCUCUUCUGUUCUUUGUUUUAAUCUGAAUUUGAUACUGAAGUCUGCUUCACUGCAGCCAGAAGUGUACACAGAUACAGUGUCCACUUCCAGGGAUGCCUGUAUCCUGUAUUUAUUCACUAAAUGGCUGGGUCAUAUUUUCUCAAGCAGAAUAAAGAGUUUAGUUUGA